AUGGCUGACUUGGCUCUCCGCACUCGGGAGUUGCCUGAUAUUCGGGCGCGGAUCAGCACCCACGACGAGUCUCCCAAUGAUAUCAAAGAACUCCUGAUCGCCGACCAGACACAGAAAGCUCUACGGUCGAGACAGUCCUGGACUCCUCCUGCGGAAGCCCUGGGAUCUUUGCAUCGGGCGGUGUUACGCAAGACCAGGACGCUUCCUUAUCCUUAUCGCCCGGGCCACUUCCACGACCUCCCCGCCUCCGACCCUCUACCUUGUCCGUUGAAUCGGUCGAACAGCCUCAACUCCCUGUCAACCAUACAACGAGAGACGGAAGCGGCAUCACUCAGUUUAUAUAGAGGGUCACCCAUCUCUGCCAUCAGUCCUCCGUGUGCCCCGCCAUCAGCGUCAUUACUAUGGACACCUGACGUCGACUCCGAGCUUCAGGACCCGUGCCCACCGCGGCCCCCACUGCGGGUAGAGACCUUGAGCCAACAGCGCAAAUACCAGAAGCGUUUGAGAAAGCUUAUGAAAAGGGAGGAGAAGGAGCUGCGGAAGGCACAAAAGGAGGAGGAUCAGCUGCGUCGAGAGGCGUUGGCUGCUGAAGUUACCGCAUCACGGAAAUUGGCAUCGGCGAGAGGCGAUUCGAUCCCACGCCGCACGAAAAGCACGAGGAGCAUAGCGUCACAAGUUGUCAAGACCUUGAGUCUGAAGGCCCCAUUGAACCGACUCAGUCGUCAUGUCAGGAGAGACAAGUCAGACCCGCCAACGCUGGACGAUUUUGACAGCAAGCAAGCGUUCAGAGACUAUCUCAAUCCUUCUCCUCCACCUCCGCCAUCCACCCAAAUCGCUGAGCUACCCGCCGAACUGCCUCAGUAUACGCCGUUUCAAGACUCGACAAGGACCGAAAGGAACGAGCCUGCCGUUCUGCUGGAAGAUGCUCAUGUCUCGAAAGAAAAGGACGUUUUGUCCCCCCUCGAAAACGACGACGCCAGAGCAAACAAUGCUCCUCUGACUCCAAGGUCGAUGAGGUGCGACUCCUGUAAGAGCCCCAUUCGUCUGCAGCAGGUCUACUACCACUGCUCAAUUUGUGACCAUGGCGACCGUAUACUGUGUUCCUCGUGCGACCAGGCCGGCUGGAGCUGUCGCCACAACCUUACGGAAAGGGUCCGAAGUGUAUCUCGCCCGGGCGCUUCUCAGAAAGUCGACACUGCAAACGUAAGCGGAGAACAAACUCGCUCAGAGGCACAGCAAUAUGCCACGGCAAUGUGGGGACUGAAUCUGUCGGAUCUCCCUGCCCACCAUCACCGAUGGACCGAGUCACCCGCCCAAGCAACAAUGUCGGCGGACAGUCCAUGGGCAUAUCACGAUAUUCUAGAUCAGAAGAGAUCGCAUGAAACACAACAGCGGAGCAUGCGCCAAACUCAGAGAUCUAUGGACGCUGAAGAGCUUGAUUUCCGCCAACGUGUACAAGACAUAGUUUUCCGCGAAAAAGAAAUCACCCUGCGAGAACGAGAAGCUGCUGUGCGAGAGCAACAGGCCUCGAUCAGGGAGCAGGAAGCUGCUCUCCAUGUGAAACAACAACAGAUGUUCACACUACAAAUGCACUCAGCAGUCGCAAGACAAAUGUCGGAACUGUCCGCCGGAGUCGGUGCGCAGUUCCAAGAUCUGUCCCAGAAUAACAAUAUGAGGACACAUGCCACCAAACGUAAGGCGGGGGCUGGCUCCGCAAUGGUCUCGCCCUCCAAUUCUACCGGCUCGAACCACAAGUCCUCGCCGAAGCGUAUGCCGAACGGCGGACAGAAUCCUGACGAAGAAGACGAGGACGCCACUGGAGGAACACCGAAGAAGAUCAAACCGGACCCAGACCCAGGAGUCACGACAGAGAAGCUAUUCGCUUGUCCUUUCUCCAAGUUCGACAAAUCGAGAUAUUCAGAGCAGAACAGGCACGAGAAGCAUUACAGAGGCUGCUCGAGUGGGUACUGGCCUGACAUUUCGCGACUCAAGCAGCAUCUGUACCGUGUCCAUUGGCGACGGAUCCAUUGUAUGCGGUGCUAUACAAAGUUUGACCACAAAGAUCAACUGGAUCAACAUCUCCGAGAGACGGUGCCCUGUGCGCUUGUCGAAUGCCCCUGCCCGGAGAAGUUUGAUGAGACGCAAUACAACGAGAUCCGGCGGAAACGGCCUGCCAGCACCCCUGAGCAGGUCUGGUACACAAUCUACGGUAUUUUGUUUCCGGUUGUGCCGCCGCCAACAAGCCCGUAUGCCGAUAAUACGGGUGAGCCUUCGGCACUCAGCCCAGCGGCAGCUGAAACUCAGGACACAAUGGAUGUGCUUGGAGAAGUCUUUGAAUCACGCUUGGAUCAGCUAACAACGGUUCCUGGUCAGGGGUGGCUUCAGUCAGCGGAAGCGCGACAACUUAUCCGUGAACAGUUGAGGGCAUCCAUGACAGACGUUCUCCAAAGAUUGAGGCCCAUCAACAGUCCUUCCUUAGGGAACCCGUCUGUCGAAGUGUCGCCCUGUUCGAUCCCACCGGGUUCAGCGCGACGCGGCUCAAUCUCUCUGACACCGACAUCCUCCAUGCCGCCCUCACCUGUUCAUGGUCCUGGUGCCGCAAGCAGGACUGGGGUAGACUCACACUUUCUUCUACCGGGCCAUCGCCAAAGUUUCAGUCGUCCCUUCCCGGCCAGGAUGGCUCCAACGUUAAAUACAUCUGAACCUGCUCAGAAAGCUCAGCCCGUGGAAGUGUCUCCCUCUGCGGUGACGUUUCCUGUGUCUCUGGCUGUUGAUCCAGAGAAUGACCAGUAUGAUGACCAUUGUCACAGCUGGAGCGUUGGGGAUGAGCGUGGUCUUGCCAUAUCGACAGACGCCAUGCCGACCGAAUUCGACUUCGAUUUUGCCUCUGCAUUUGAGGAGCUGAACAACAUGCAAGGUAUGGCAGUGCCUCUCCCGGCUUCCGAUUUCAAUCCGGUCAAGCUCUCCAGUUUGCAUGACCCUUCGGGGCAAGCAUCGACGGGAGUUACUGAUUUAAAACCUAAGCACUCCACGACGUCAUCCGUCGACUCGGGUUAUGGCAGUCUUGGUCACGCUUCGUCCACAGCAUCAGCAUCCUCUUCAGCCUCUCCUCCUGGGACACAGACAAAGUCCGGUAUAAUAUCGAAAGCUAGGAAGAACAGAAACAGACGAAAAGCACCGGAGUCCCCAAGGGAACCAAGUCCUGUACCAGAAUCUGCAAUCAACUUCGAGGCCCUAAAUACUCCUUUCCAGGAAUUUUCAGGCGUCAAUCUGGACUUGCACUUGGAAGACGCUGUGAGUGAGUUUACAACUGGGACAGCAAUGGGUGAUGGGGUCAUAGGGGCGAUGGAUCCCUUCGCCAGUUUGGACACGAGGUAUUAUCGCGAUUUUUAA